GCAGCAGGCUUGGAGGGUGCUCCGAGGCAGACAGACGCGUUCUUGUAUAACAUCACCGCCGGCCCACGACAUUGAGCCCUGUGGCCGAGAAGCAUUGCACACCGCGCGCUUGGACUCGUCGAAGAACAACACGCGCACAGAACACAGACCAAACAUCCGCACCCCCCUGACCCAGAAUCGGCCGCAAUGGCCACCGUCGCGGGCAAGACGCCGCCUCCGGUGCAGCUCCCCGAGACGUCGCUCUGGGCAAACAGGAAAUGUCUGAUCAUCUGCAGCGUCGUGGCCAUCGCCAACAUGCAGUACGGGCUCGACUCGGCGUGCCUCGCCAGUCUCCAGGCCAUGCCGGGGUUCCUGAUCGUGUUCGGACACCCCGACGCCAAGGCGGCGGGCGGCUAUGCGAUUGAUCCCACGUUCCAACAACUGAUCGGGUCGUUCCUGACCCUCGGCGCGUUCCUCUCGUCCAUCUUCGCGGGCGCGUUCGCGCACUUCUUCGGCCGCAAGCCGGCGCUCUGGGUCGCGUGCCUGCUGACGGCGGUCGGGGCGGCGAUCCAGAUCGGCACCGACAGCCAGGCGGCCGUCAUCGUCGGGCGGCUGGUGCUGGGCAUCGGCAACGGCUUCCUCGUCACCUUCUCCAACAUCUACAGCGCCGAGGCGUCGCCGGCCCACCUGCGCGCCGUCAUGGUCGCCCUGUUCUCCGAGUGGGUCAACAUCGGGAGCAUCACCGGCGCCGCCGUCACCAACGCCACCUCCAAGGUGCUCGACAAGUCGUCGUACCAGAUUCCCCUGGGCAUCCAGUUCAUCGUGCCGGCGCUGCUGGCUAUUGGCCUGUUCUUUGUGCCCGAGUCGCCGAGGUAUCUCAUCAACCGCGGAAAGCUAGAAGAGGGGCGCCGGGCCCUGGCCACGCUGCGGGGCGACUCGCUGACGCCGGCCGAGUUCGAGCUCGAGUACGUCGAGAUGGUCAUGGGCAUUGAGCAGGAGAAGAAGCUGCUCAAGUCGGUGCGGCCGCUGGACAUGUUCAAGGGCACCGACCUGCGCCGGACGCUGCUCUGCUACGGCGUCAUCGCGACGCAGACAGCCUCGGGGUCCUGGUUCCUCAUCAGCUACACGACCUACUUCAUGGUGGUGUCGGGCCUGCCGAUCGACCAGGCGUUCAAGUACUCCAUCAUGAAGACGUGCUUCGGCUUCGUGGGCGUCAACGUGGGCAUCUACCUGAUGCGCUACGUGCUGGGGCGGCGCCAGAUGAUGAUGACGGGGGCGCUGUUCCAGGGGCUGUUCCUGCUGGGCAUGGCCAUCACGGCGAGCACGGUACCGGGGACCGUGAUUGCGCGCAACAGCGUCAUUGCCUUUGUGUCGCUGUACAUGUUUGCGUACAACGCCUUUGUCGGCGUGGCCAGCUAUCCGGUCGCGACGGAGCUCGUGAGCACGCGGCUGCGGUCGUGGACGGUGGGGUCGUCCAUCAGCCUGGGCUACUUUCUGGCCUGGCUCACCGGCUUCUGCUCGCCGUACUUUAUCAACCCGGACAAGCUCAACUGGGGCGCCAAAUACGGCUACAUAUGGGCCGCGUCCAAUAUCGCCUGCGGCGUGUUCUUUUUCUUCUUCCUCCCCGAGCUGAAAGGCCGAACGCUGGAAGAGAUUGACGAGCUGUUUGAGCGGCGCAUCGGGGCGUGGAAGUUCAAGGGAACCAAGACCAACAUCAUGGACGAGGCGCUGAAGGAGGUGCGGGAGCAAGGCCCGGCGCUGCACGGAGAGAAGUCGUCGGUUGGCAUGGUGGAAAAUGUGGAAAGGUCGGACAAGGACGAGAACUGAGGGCCUUGCAUUGUCCGUCUGCGGCAUGAGCAAGAGCGGACAUCAUCAAUCUGCGGGCCAGGUCUUUGCGGCACGGAGAUUAGAACUAAUUAGAAAAUUUGCCCGU